GAUAGCGUUGCCCUAAUCCAAAUCGCUGCCAUGUGUCGUGCUCGAAAUCACUAAAAAUCUGCCCCAUUGUGACCCCAAUUGUGUUCUCGGGUGUGUGCGUGUGUGUGGCUCUUGGCCAUUUAACAAUUAGUGGCCAUAACGCCUGAGUGUUUGUUUAUUUUGCUCGGCGACCGCAGAAACGAUUCCAAAAAUGAUUGCAUAAUUGACUUCGGGGGGGACAAUUUGCGCGCAACGCACACCACAUUUCGAUUUCAAUUUGAAUUCCGUUUGUGAUUCCAUUUCAUCGCCAUGAAGAAGCUGCAUCUGGGGGCCAAGCACAAGGGCAAGUCCUACAAGCCCUUCCGGAACAAGAACCGUCGGCCACCACCACCAUCAUCGCCAUCGCCACCUCCACCGCCACCGCCAUCAUCAGCAUCGCACCAUCUGGUGGUGCUGGUGUUGCUGCUGUCCUCGCACCGGCUCGUCGGAAACAUCGGCAAGAUAUCUUCGUUCGAAGAAGACUACCGGGCUGACUGGCCCAUGGUGCAGCGCGCCUCAUCCUCGGAUGCACCCUCCGUUCAGGGUGGCCAACAUCGAGAGUCUCGAUUUGGCCUUGGAUACCCCUCCUACCAGAGUGGAUACAACAAACUAUUCACACAGGGUUCUGCCGACUCGAACUACUCACAACCGUCAUCCGAUCUGUCGCUAGACGAGGAAAAGGAAUCGCUUCGGCGAGAAAAGGAACGUCAGGCCUUAAGCCAGUUGGAUAAAGCGAGGAGCAAACCAGUGGCGUUCGCUGUGCGAACCAACGUAGCAUACGAUGGCGCCAUCGACGACGAUUCGCCGGUGCAGGGCGGAGCAGUUUCGUUCGAGAUCCGGGAGUUCCUGCACAUCAAAGAGAAGUACGACAAUAACUGGUGGAUCGGCCGGCUGGUCAAGGAGGGCUGUGAUGUGGGCUUCAUACCCAGCCCCGCUAAGCUAGACAACAUUCGCAUGCAGAACCAAACCAGACCCUCAAGACUGUAUGGCACAAAGGGCUCGUCGAGCGGGAAUCUUGGUGCGGGCGGACAAGCAGGUGCGGAGCCAUCUCGAGGUAGCACACCCCCCACACCUGGUGACGAAUCAGAUUCCAUGGGACCAGGACGACAUGGCAAGACCCCGGUGGCGGCGGCCAACAAGGAGAAGCGCAAGCCGUUCUUCAAGAAGCAGGAGACGGCCAGUCCCUACGACGUGGUGCCCUCGAUGCGGCCCGUAGUCCUGGUGGGGCCCAGUCUCAAGGGCUACGAGGUGACCGACAUGAUGCAGAAGGCCCUCUUCGACUUCCUCAAGCACCGCUUCGAGGGCCGGAUCAUCAUCACGCGGGUAAUGGCCGACAUCUCGCUGGCCAAGCGCUCCAUCAUGAACAAUCCCUCGAAGCGGGCCAUCAUGGAGCGAUCCUCCAGCCGGAGCGACUGCCUCGGCAAGGUGCAGGAGGAGAUCGAGCGCAUCUUCGAGCUGGCCCGCUCGCUCCAGCUGGUCGUGCUCGAUUGUGAUACAAUCAAUCAUCCGUCACAACUAGCGAAAACUUCAUUAGCGCCAACAAUAGUGUACUUAAAGAUUAGUAGUAGUAAGGUUUUACAGCGUUUGAUCAAAUCACGUGGCAAGUCGCAGGCGAAAAACCUCUCCGUUCAAAUGGUCGCCGCCGAGAAGCUAGCCCAAUGUCCACCGGAUAUGUUCGAUGUAAUCCUAGACGAGAAUCAGCUGGAAGACGCCUGCGAGCACAUUGCCGAGUACUUGGAGACCUACUGGAAGGCCACCCAUCCGGACAUAAGAGCUGUGCCGCCCAUCGCCCGCCCCCUGCCACAGGAGGCUUCGCCCUCCGCCGAUCCCGCGCGUCUCGGUCCGACGCCUCCAGUAGAUGGCGAGGAGUUUAUCGAUGAGCAGGAUCAAGAUCCCAGGAUGGGCAUUUCCGGCGGAGAGCGCGAGGGAAGUCGGGAGCGCGAUCGCGAUAGCAGGGAAAGAGAGCGGGAGCGCGAGAGGGAGCGGGAUUACUGGGAUCGGGAGUUCAACAGAGAUCGCAGCUCCAAGGAUCGGGAGAGGGACCUCGAGUGGGAGCGGGAGAGGGCUCGCGAGUGGGAGAGAGAGCGGGAACGAGAUUGGGAUAGAGAGUUCGAUUGGGACCAAGGAGGAACCUCUUACCAGCACAGCCGCCGACAGCCGACCUCCGUUCGCCACCAGGAGCGCGGCGGUGGCGUGGGCGCCGGCGGAGGUGGAGGCGGCGGCGGCGGAGGAGGUGGAGGCGGCGGCGGCGGCUACGAGCGAGAUCGCGAGCGAGAGCGGUACGAGCGGCGCGAACGGGACCUCAUGCACUACGACCUGAACAGCGACGAGCUGCUGGACGAGCGCAACUUUGAGUAUCCGGCGAUGAGGAGCGGUCCCAGCGGCGCCUCCCACCACGGCCAUCUGUCCAGGGGCGGUCGCCUGCUGGACGAUCCGGACUUUGAGCGCGAGGAGGCCCAGAUGAGGAUGAGCAGCUCCCGCUACGGACCCUCGACCAGGAUCGACGAUCCACGGGACUUGCCGCGGGGCGCCACCGUUGUCGAUCGCGAUGAAUACAGUCCGCACAGAGGUGGUGGGAGUAGUAGGAGAAUGCUUAAUGCCAUGUUGUCGUCCAGACCCUUGGGCCUGCCCCGCCAAUCAUCCCUGCCCAGCAAUAGAGCACCCACAUCCUACCUGCCACGCCAGUCGUCCCUGGGCACCCACUGGCUGUCCUCAUCCUCCAACCAGCAGAGCACCCUUGACCCCGGGCCCCAAUCUCGCCGAGAGCUUUAUCCACUGCUGCAUCAGCCGCAGUCCUUUUCCCAGGCCCGAUCCCAAUACACUCCGCACUCGUACACCAGUAGCCACGCACCCCAGUCACGAUCCCAGUCGCAUUCGCAGUAUCGCUACUCCGUGCAGGACACGUCCUUCGCCCACCCACCGCGAUCCCUGCGCGAGGAGUACCUCAGUCCCACCAUGAGCAAGGUCGAGGCUGUCACGCACGCCAUUCGCAACAAGAUCAUCGUGGAGGAGGACGAGGAGGAUAUCCUGAGCACGGAUCGGUUCUAUUAAAGAGAUUUCAGUCGCCACCCCGCGUCGAUUAGGUUUUUUUUGGGGGCAAGGAAAGCAAAUGCAGUGCCAAAACACACGACACAUUUGUAAAUGUUCCAUUCGAUGAUCAGAUCAAUUUUGGUAGCAAAACACUCAAACACUCAAACACA